CGUCGCGGUGCCCGCUGGGAGCUGUAGUCCGGCCGGGGAGCCACAGGGGCGCGCCAUGGGCGCCAAGCGGCGUGGGUCUGCCCUGCUACCGCCAGCAUCGGGGAAGAGGCGCGGGAAGCGGGCGGCCACCGCCGAGCUCUGCGUCGCCCUCAGGGACGCGGCGCUGCGGGAGCGGGCGGCGGCUGCCUGGGGCCGCAGGGAGCCGCUCCUCCACGAGGCGGCGGCGGUGGAGCCGGCCCCGUUCCGGCAUGGCGUUAUCCACAGCUUUCUGGCGAGCCCGGCCUUCGCGGAGGCGCUGCGCGACGAGCUGCUGGGCCUCUGCUUCCGCGGGCGGCGGAACGACCUGCUUUCGCUGCGGCAGUCGGAGGAGCUGGGGGGAAGGCCGGAGCCCCACAUCGCUGCCCUGAGGCAUGCUCUGUGUGAAGAAUUCCGAGUGUGGCUUUCUUCUGUGACACAGAUUGAGCUGGAGCCAACUAUCGAUAUUUCUUGUGCUAAAUAUGAAUAUACCGAUGUCUUGCUGUGCCAUGAUGAUGAGCUGGAAGGUCGGAGAAUUGCUUUCAUCCUGUACCUCGUGCCCCCCUGGGAGAAAAACGAUGGGGGAACACUGGACCUGUAUAGCACAGACGAACGCUUUCAGCCACAGCAAAUCAUCAAGUCAUUAGUGCCUUCGUGGAACACGCUGGUUUUCUUUGAAGUCUCUCCAGUCUCUUUCCACCAGGUGUCAGAAGUUCUGUCUGAGGAGAAGUGCCGCUUGUCAGUGAGCGGCUGGUUUCAUGGCCCGUCAAUAGACAGACCUGCACGCCACAUGGAGAACCCCCUGCCCAGGAGCCCACACAUCCCCUAUGAUCAUGAAAUCUUGUAUGAGUGGAUCAAUCAAGUUUAUUUGGACAUGGACUCCCAAGCUCAAAUCCAGGAGGAAUUUGAGGAGCGAUCAGAAAUUCUCCUGAAAGAUUUUCUUAAGAAAGAGAAAUACCAACUACUAUGUGAAGGUUUGGAGAACAAAGACAUCCAGUGGAGUAGCCGGGGGCCUGCCAAUAAAAGACUCUAUGAGACAGCAGAGGAAGACAGCCUCCCUGACAUCCUGAAGAAAUUCCUGCAGUUCUUGCGCUCUGAGGCCUUGUUUUUACUGCUUUCCAACUUCACUGGCCUAAAGCUGCACUUCCUGGCUCCCUCUGAUGAGGAUGAAGAUGCUGGGGAAGGAAGAGCAGCAGACACCACUGGGGACAGCAGUCCCAAAUGUGAGCAGGAAGAGACGGAACUACAUGCCAAUAGCAGUCCCCAUCAGCCAGACCAGCCCGACCACAUCCCUGAAGCACAAGAGAGUGAGACACAGAAUGGCUCAGGUACCCCUGUGUGUGCUGGGGAGCUGAGGCGGUGGACCCACGGGCACUACACUCUAGUCCAUGACACUCAAGCAACAGAAUUUGCUCUUGACCUGCUCUUCUUCUGUGGCUGUGAGGACUGGGACCCAGAAUAUGGUGGCUUUACUUCCUACAUUGCUAAAGGUGAAGAUGAAGAGCUGCUGACAGUGAAUCCAGAGGACAACUGCUUGGCCUUAGUUUAUAGAGACAAAGAAACUAUGAAGUUUGUGAAAUACAUCAAUCACCGUAACUUGGCACGCCUGAAAAAGCAUCCAAACAGAACAGGAUUUUGGGAUUUUUCCUUUGUCUAUUAUGAGUGACAGUGUGGUAUGACCAUCAUCAUGCAGAAAAUGGUGGUGGUGGGUGGGGAGCAGGUUUUUACCCCCUGGUGUUCAGCUGGGGCCUGUCUAAGUCCAGACCAACUUUGCUGCUGCUGACUUGAUCACACUGUGUGUGAGCUGUACCCUGCCAAGUGGGGUCCAGGUUACUUUUUUAUUAACUAGACAAAUGGAAAUUCAGUUUCCUCCCAAGUCCUUUGUAAUACACUCUCAACUGCUCUUAAUGCUACAUAGAGGGGGUUAGUGUCACCAAACUGUCAGCCUGCCAGCUGUUCUCCCAUGGAAAUAACACGGUGGGAUGGAUCUCUGACCUGUCAGGGUGAAAACUACAAUCAUAUGUUGCCCCAGGCUGAUGACUUUUUUUUUUUAAAAAAAAAAAAGGUCAGUAAAAUGCAUCAAAGUCCGGUUGGGCAAGUUUUGUUACAAAAUGCCCAAGACCUUUACUGGGGCUUAACUGCGUUCACUGUUUGUAGAGGCAGAAAUAAAGGAGCUGCCAUGGGAAACAGGAGGUUUUUCCAGCUGCACAACUCCACGGAGCUGGGAAGGAAGACAGCAAGGCUAUAAAGUUGCUGGCACUGAGAAGGACCUGGCACUGCAACAAGGAGCAGGACUUCAUUAUGCUAAAUGCUGCACAGACAGACCCAGAUGCAGCCCUUUCUCCAACGAACUUGCAAGCUAAAUAGAUGAGAGACCUGUU